AGGGUCAGUCUCCUCCAGCUCCUAUCAAAUUCACCAAGAAGGCGACGGCGGCGGCGGACGAGGAGGGCGAUGAAGGAGAGGAGCAGGAGGAAGAUGGAGGAGGAGGUGGAGGACAUGACAUCAUGGAUCUGCUGCCCAGAACAGAUAUCGGGGACAAGAUUACCUCCGAUCUAGUGUCUAAAAUUGGGGAUAAGAACUGGAAGAUAAGGAAGGAGGGUCUGGAUGAGACUGCAGCCAUCAUCUCAGAGGCCAAGUUCAUCACAGCCAAUAUCUCAGACCUGCCGCUGGCCCUGAAAGGACGACUCGGCGAUUCCAACAAGAUCCUGGUGCAGCAGACCCUGACCAUCCUGCAGCAGCUGGCUACAGCCAUGGGACCUGGACUCAAGCAGCACGUUAAAACUCUGGGAAUCCCUGUUAUUACUGUACUGGGAGACAGCAAGCCUAACGUCCGGAUGGCUGCCAUGACCACCCUGCAGGCGUGGGUGGAGCAGACGGGGAUGAAGGAGUGGCUGGAAGGAGAAGACCUGUCAGAGGAGCUGAAAAGAGAGAAUCCCUUCCUACGACAGGAGUUGCUUGGCUGGUUAGCGGAGAAGCUGCCGACGCUGAGGACGGUGCCGGGCGACCUGAUGCUGUGCGUACCUCAGCUCUACGCCUGCCUGGAAGAUAGAAACGGAGACGUGAGGAAGAAAGCGCAGGACGCUCUGCCCACAUUCAUGAUGCACUUGGGCUACGACAAGAUGGAAAAGGCUACUGGCAAACUCAAAUCUGCCUCUAAGGAUCAGGUGUUAGCCAUGUUGGAAAAGGCCAGAGCGGUGAUGCCGGCUAAACCUGCUCCUCCUCCCAAAGCUGGAGGAGGAAAAGGUCCUGCAGAGCCGAGCAGAGCGGCUUCAGCCUCCAGGCAGCCAGCUGGUGAGGACUUUGUUGACAGUAAACCUGAAGUUAAGAAGGUCAGAGGAGGAGCGCCUGGAAAGAAGCCUCCCUCCCCUCCCGAGGAACCCGUCCCUCCCCCUCCCUCCAAGGACAAGGACAGUAAUGCUAGUAAAAAGCCCCCAGGCAAAGGGAAGGCUGCUGCUAGCAGUCAACAGGGUGCAGCCGGUAAGAAGCCUGCAGCCAAAAGCGUCAAGGAUGAGGAGGAUAGGUCCGGACCAAUCUUCAUCCUCAUCCCCAACGCUAAGGAGCAGAGGAUAAAAGAGGAGAAGCAACUGAAG